GUAAGCGUGUAUGUUGAUGAUUGGAAGUGAUUGUAAGUGCUGUCAGAAAUUCGAUGUGGAAUUUACAUGUAAGGAAGACUGUUGUCUGUUCGUUGUGUACUUAUAUGUGUAUAGGAACUCUCGAUGUGAAAGCCGGGUGAAUGUUUGGCGUGCUGUUGAUGGACCCAAGGAUGGAAGGUACUGGGAGACGUGGAAGGGCCCGAGGAAGGGCAAGGGGCCAGAUACAGCCACAAGAAGGAGGUGUAGGAAGGAUGCAGCAGGCACGUGGCCCAGGUGAAGGGCCUCCACAACCAGCACCUUCUCAGCCCGGUAUUGGCAGAGCGGCUAGAGCUGCCGCAACCAUGCAUGCUAGGCGCCCUGGGGAAGGCCCUGUGCAGCCACCUGAAACAUUCACUCCCUCUGAAACUGGAGGCCGUGCGUUACUGCGUGGUGCAGCCAGUAGGCCUGGAGGUGCUGCUGCUGGGGAUGGUGAAAGAGCACUGCUGGAAAAGAAGAUGGAGGAAUUGGCUAUAGGAGGAGACGGUAAUGGUGCACAAGUUUCAGUGGGAAGAGGGGUGAUGAGAGGAAGGAAGGUGGUGAGUGCAGAAGCUUUGAAACUAAGACCAGAGCAUCUGCCAACAAAGAAAGGUACAUCUGGUGUUCGCGCAACGAUUCAAACAAAUUACUUUAAGCUCGAAACUCACACUGAUUGGAGAUUAUUCCAGUAUAGAGUUGAUUUUGCCCCUGAAGAAGACAACACUUUUGUGAGGAAAGCAUUGUUAAGAGUUCACAAGAAGAGACUUGGAGGAUUCAUUUUUGAUGGGACAGUGAUGUUCACAUCAAGCAGAUUAUCUCCAGAUCCGAAUGCGGUUUUGGAGUUGACUUCAGAGAGAAAAUCGGAUGGAGCCAAAAUACAAAUUCAUAUCAAGUUUGUGGGUGACUUAGCCUUAGGAGAUUAUCAUUAUCUCCAAUUUUUCAACAUUCUAAUGCGUAAAUGUUUGGGGUCGCUCAAACUGCAGUUAGUCGGACGGAACUACUUUGAUGCAGCUGCCAGAAUAAGUGUCAAGGAGUAUAAAUUGGAACUUUGGCCUGGUUAUAUCACGUCCAUCCGACAGCAUGAGAAUAGUAUUCUCAUGAAUUCAGAAAUUAAUUUCAAAGUUAUGCGCCAGGAUACGGUUCUCCAUAUUUACACUGAAAUAUGUGACAAAGAAAGGGAUUACCAGGCAGCUUUCAAGAAAGCCAUUGUUGGAGUCAUUGUUAUGACGCCUUAUAACAAUAGAACAUACAGAAUUGAUGAUGUUGAUUUUACCAAGACCCCUGCACACAGGUUUGCAAAGAAAACUGGUGAAGAGAUUACGUACAAAGACUAUUUCAAACAAAAAUAUGACCUAACUAUACGUGGAGACCGCCAGCCUCUGUUGGUGUCAAGAUCGAAACCGCGGGAGAGAAGAGCUGGUCAAGCGGACUUAAUAUAUCUUGUACCAGAGUUGUGCAAAAUGACGGGGAUCAGUGAUGAUAUGCGUGCAAAUUUCCACCUCAUGCGUGCUCUUGCAGAGCACACAAGAGUAGCACCACAGGCACGUAUACAGAAGCUGCUUCAGUUCAACGAGAGAUUGUAUAAGGAGCCAGAGGUUGUUAGCAGUCUGACUGAAUGGAACAUGAAGCUAGGAAGGACUUUAGUUGAUGUAGAAGGUAGAAUUUUACCUCAAGAAAAAAUAAUACAGUCAGCUACUGUUAAGUAUGAUGCAGGGCGUGAAGCAGAUUGGACGAAGAUGUUACGGUCAAAUCAAAUGUUUGUGUGUUGCACUUUAAAGAACUGGGUUGUCAUAAGUCCAGCAAGAUGUAUGAGGGAUGCAAAAUCAUUUGUGCAAACACUUCAGCGAGCUGCCGGUGGUAUGCGGAUCAACAUGCCAGACCCCCACUACCAAGAUAUACCAGAUGAUCGCCAGGGCACAUAUGUGGAAGCUCUAGAGUAUGUAAUAAACUCAAAAAAUCCGCAGCUGAUUAUGUGUGUUGUAACAAAUAACAGAACAGAUCGUUAUGGUGCAAUUAAAAAAAAGUGUUGCAUUGACAGAGCAGUUCCGACACAAGUGAUACUGGCCAAAAAUUUGGCAGCGAAAGGUGUGUUGUCAAUUGCAACCAAAGUUGCAAUUCAGAUAAAUUGUAAACUUGGCGGUAUACCCUGGACUGUAGAGAUACCUCUCAGUGGUAUGAUGACUAUUGGAUUUGAUGUUUGUCACGACACGACAAACAGAUCACGCUCAUAUGGAGCUCUAGUGGCUUCUUUGGACAAACAAAUGUCUAAAUACUUCAGUGCAGUUGCACCACAUGCUUCGGGUGAAGAGCUGUCAAAUGAAAUGACAACCAAUAUCAUAAAAGCUUUGCGGAAAUACCAGCAAGUGAACCAGGGUUCUCUCCCACAGCGAAUAUUUCUGUAUCGUGAUGGUGUGGGAGAAGGACAAUUGCAUUACGUUUUUGAACAUGAGGUGGCCUUGUUGAAGCAGAGGCUGCAGGAAGUAUAUGGUUCUGCAGCUUUCAAGCUGUCCGUAAUCAUAGUGACAAAAAGAAUAAAUACAAGGUUGUUCCUGAAACAAGAAAAUCCUCCACCAGGAACAGUUGUGGAUGAUGUCAUAACAAAUCCUAGCUGGUACGAUUUUUUCAUAGUAUCACAGAGUGUGCGACAAGGUACUGUGAGCCCAACAGCAUACAAUGUCAUCUCUGAUAAUGGUGGACUGGAUGCUGACAAAAUGCAGCGACUGACAUAUAAACUGACACAUCUGUAUUACAACUGGAGUGGUACUGUCCGUGUUCCGGCCCCCUGCCAAUAUGCUCAUAAGCUGGCAUAUCUUGUUGGACAAGCAUUACACAGGCCACCACAACCAGCACUGGAAGACUUGCUGUAUUUCCUUUAAGAAGUAGUAAUAGUACAUGCUGAAAAGAGUAAAAGGCUUUUAUGUUGUCUUGAGUUUUACAAACUCGGUAAUGCAUUCUGAAGAGGAUUUUGUGUUUUCAUUGAAGGAAGCAUUUAUCACUUUUAAUCUUUAUCACUUUUAUUUUUUUAAAUUAAGUUCAUUAUUUUGCUUAACCAGGGUUUGUUAAAUGAAUGUGAAAAUGUAAGUGCAUAAUUUAUUGUAGGACCUUUUGAGUUCCUUAUGAGUAUUUCUGUUCAAAUACUGGAGAUUUAAAUAUAAUGAGCAGAUCGUUUAUAUUCAUGAUAGUUGUUUGAUAGUGUUGCUGACAAUUGAGAUGCUGUAGACUCUCUACUACAUGAUGUUAACAUGAAAGGAGGCUUUCUGGAUUGUACAGUUGUUGACACACUGUUAAGAGAUCUCUGAGAAUCUCAGGAAUUUUCAUUUUUGUAGUAUUGUUUUUUGUAUAUAAAAUGUUCCUAUAGAGCAAGAAUGUUCUGUGUGAUCUGGGAGUCAUUGUGUUUAAUGUUAAAAUAUAUUUUUGUAAUUUUGUAAAA